AUGGUCGCCCUAUUGGAAAUGGGUCCUACAGUCAUAUUAAGACAUGAUAUCAGGACAUUCUUCGCACUUGGCAGCCACCCUGGACUCAUUCCGCCACGCGAUGCGACAUCUACUGGACUAAGCAUAGCAGCUGAGCUCCUCAUGGGCGAUGUAGUUCUUCUACACAGAAGCAGCGACGCGGGAGCUUGCUAUUCUAUUGCUGUUGUUGAUCCCUGCAAGUCCGGCUUGGCAGAAUCUCCCCAUCACUCCCGUCAUGAAGUAUCACGGUAUCUACCUAUCACUCUUCUCACCAUAUUGAGAACUUUUGACCUCAGCAUAGGCUGCAUCAAGAUAUUGGCCUGCGUUAUUCAUAUUACGGCUUAUUCGCAGUCGUUUCAGGACAGCGCCAUCGAGCCACGAGCGGAUUCCCAUUCGGCCCCCCUAAUUCCCCCAGCAGCCACGAGCAGAAGAGCAAGAGUGCGCAUAGGUUGCAAAGAGCAGGAGACGUUCACAAGUGGCGAGCGUGAAGAGCUCGAACGUGAUUACAGCGGCGCAGUAAGGUCCGGAAUCAAAGCGGUGAGGCUGCACUGUGAGCCGAUGAGAUGCAGCAUUCGAGGAGUGCAGUGGCGCGAUGAUACUGUAUGCUCCUGCAAACUGGAAAUGGGCUCAAGCUACAGCCACAGUAGUGCAUUCAAGACGUUCCAUAUAGGAGCAGCUUCCGGUCGUCGCCUGCAGAACUGGAGACUCACCUGCCAUGCUGGGACCAGUGAUUGUAUAGUAUCAGGUCGGAAGAGGCUCCCACCAAAUAAUCGAGCUUCUUCCUCACCGAGCAGAAAUCCACCACUACGUUAUGCAACAUGUACCGUGUACCUGCGUAGUGCGACCGCGUGUGUAACUUGCCUACUCCCGCAUCGGUUCCGGAAGAAUGGCAUCGGUAUCGACUCACAUGCUCAACAGGGUUCCUUAUUUGACAAUACCGGGCGUGGCAGCAACUUGCGGCAGCGACCCUCAUUCGCACUGAGACCAUUCUUGACUGCCCAGGAGUUUUGGUGCUUUUCACUGACGUCGUUGAAGCAUUCCUCUCGUGCCAAGGGAGCACUGCGUUUCCGUAAGCGAUGCGCAUCAAUCAUGAUGGCGUUGCCACGGUCUAUUCUUGGGCGCCAUCUAUCGAAGCGCCAAGCACUGUGGAAUAUGCAGCGAAGCUUGGGAAAAAAUCAUUGGACGCUUUGCGGCUGGAUUGAGACGGAAUUACAUUUCGCAGAAGAAGUUGAAGCCACACCGAAACCAAUACCUGCUCAAAUCAGAUAUAUUUGGACUUGGCCUAUAAUCACGGGUCAACAUUCAAAAGCGGCCAUCUUUUCGCAUCGAGCACUUUUCCUCAUCCUACAAACGAGGCAACCUUCCUACUCCAACGACAGUUCGAACAUCAAGCCCUCAGGCACAUUAGCCUUGCUCAUCUGGAACAAUGUCUCUCAUCAAUACCAUCGGACAACGAUUCAACGAAUGAGCAAUCAACCACAUCCGCCAAGUCAUUCAUCCUUCGUCAAGAGAUGCUCACAACUUGCACAUGGAAGGCGAAGAUCGGUCCAGUCCACGAUCUCGGCUGCCAGAGCCCCGACAAUAGCACAAUCGAGCAACGAAGACUUUCUCGAGUCGGCAAUGGAGACAGCUGUUGGAACUCUGGUUUGCGGACCAAGCAUGGCAGCGGAAGAAGUGGAACUUGGCUACAAUCAUGACCUUCUCGACGAGACCACACCCGGAGUAUGGGUGCAUAUACAGGCCGAGAUCGUGGAAUUGAAUGGCACAAACUGGAUACAAGCAUCAAUCACGAGCAAAGCUGAGCCCUACGAACGUCCGGAGGUAUAUGCUUUCGGACGAUGGCAACUGGCGACUCGGCGUUCUGAAGAACUGAGACCAUGCUCAGACCCAGCGAGCCAUUUUAAUCUUAAUGACUUGGAUAAUGGCCAAAAGACGGUAGAAGACUCCGAAGUAGUUGUAUAUACCUCACAGUCAGCAAUACAGCCAGCGCACACUAGCAAAUCGGAUCUGGUCCACACGCUUGAAUCAUCGGCUUUGAGCCAAUCUUUGCUCUCCUGCAUCAGAUCCUACGACGAGCAGAACACUAACUGUUGUCAGCUCAACUACAGCAAUAUGAUAGAUGAGAUGAAGUGGAUGAGUAUGAAAGCCAGUCAUUGUGCGGGAUCUCAUGAUUAUGAUUGCUACACAUACCGUACAUCUCGCACAUCGUUAAUCUCUCGUUCCACACCUACGCCUUCAAACAUAUCUAGAAUCCGAUACAACCUUGCUUCCCAUCGGACUCAGACAUUCAAACACCUGGCCAAACCAACCGACAUAUACACGAUGAUCACUCCGACUCUCUUCUCCGUCUUGCUUGCCACAAUGCCACUGGCCUGGACACACAACUCUCGGACAACCCCAUGUACUUCGACCAUAACGCAUCAUCCCUCCGGCUGCUGCCCGCAACAAGCUGCUCACACUACGACAUUCUACACUGAUUGCCACAACUGCUCCUUGGACAUUGUUACCAAAGGUCCACAAUGUCUAAUCGUCUGCCCAAUCUCUCAGGCUAUAGAUAAGGACGCGACUACAACCUUGACCAAAUCGAAGCGCUAUGAGGAGGUUGUGGAGUUGGACGGAGGAGUAGGUUAUAUGAUAUGUGCUUCUCUAACAGCGCCUGUGACGAGAAUUGUUGAAUUGUGCGCACAAUGCGUAGCGCUUCAGCUUCAGCUGAGCAAAAGCGCUACUACACAGCGUAACCCGCUUUUCUUCAGCGUGGCUGUUAUCGACACCUCACUUGGUUCUACAUAUGUCUGGAAGCUGAGGCGCAAAUAUGAAUAUGCGAUGCGACGCGACCCAAGCCGCAAGCAGAGAAAGACUGAAAGUCCUCAUCAAGGCUCACCUUCUCUUCCCGACUUGCAACACCGAACAGCUUCGCCAUCAUGUCUUCAGUCCAUCGUCCAGCCAAAAUCCCCAGAAAAGAAAAAAAAAAGAAACAUCCAAGGACCUACGAAUGGACCUUCGCUCGCUGCCUCGACGCCUCCGGUCUCCCAUUAUCAUCAUCAUCAACAUUCUCCAUCCCGGACGCAGCUACAAAUCAAUGCCUCUAUAGGAAUUACGCAAAUGCAGGAUGAAGUCUUCAAACAAGUUGGGAUCCGGGAUCAAUUUAGCGGGAUAGAUGUCGUGAUCACGAACAGCGUUGUCCGAGAUGAUGAGUCGGUCGGUCGCUUUGGAAUCUUAUAUCGUACCGAUAAAUUUGAGUCUGGAAAUCCGGAUAAGUUGUCGAAGGGAAUGGGGAUGGUGAGUUUUUUUUUCGGGCUGGUGAUGGGAUGGGGAAUCGUGCGUGCCUUUCUGACUGAGGAGUUAUGCGGUCUGGGGAGUUCUGCCACGACGGUGUCGGCGGCUGAUGAGACGGACACAUCAUCGUCAGAUCAGUCGAGUCCAGCAGAAACAGAAACUUUUGCUCCUAGAGCUGGUCAGCCUACAUCGACUACAAAACCUGGCACUGCAACUGCUUCUUCGAGCGGUACUGAAACAGUCUUGGCAUUCUCUUGCAGCGGAAGAGUGUUCGAGCAUACAAAGGCACUAUUCGAAUACGACUACGAAGCUGAUACUGUUAGGGUGUAUAGAAGUUCAGAAUCUAUCCAAUCUCUGUGCGAAAAUGACCUGGUCGGACUCGCUCCUCAUGCAGAAGACGAAAAGUCUUGGGGCAUGUUCGACUUCCUACCUAUAGUCCUCAACUCCCCUCCUCUACGACUAGACCAUUUAUUCACAAGUUUUGAAGAUGUAUCCAAAGAAGCAGGGGAGAAUUUUAACGGACGAGGUGCACUUCAGCGCCGCGAAAACUCAGAGCAGAGCAUAGAAAUACACGCAGACCUCGACGAGGGUAAAGCGGAGGCGGUGACAGUCAUUCCAAGACCCAUAACUAAGACUCGACUCGACCACAUGGUUCUUUGGCCCCCUUGCGAACCUUCCUUCCGUCUUUGUCGUGCUGUAACCACUGCCGCGACCCGCCUAACCCUGCGCACGGACCUGAUCCACUUCAAAAAACUACACUUACCUAGUGCAGAGCCAUUUUCCAUCCCAUCCCUCCAACGGCAUCAUAGGAUCGCAAAAUUAAUUAAAAACCACCCUCCUACCUCUCUCCCUCUCUCCCUCUCCCUCUCCCUCUCCCACCAACAAAACCAAAACCAAAAAAUGAAAUCCACAUUCUACUACCUCCUCUUCCUCCUCCUCCCAGCCCUAACAAUCGCCAAACCCAAACCCAUCAUGGUCCCAGCCGGCAGCAGCCCCAACUUCAACUGUCCACUACCCGGCAAGACCGGAAAAAGUUGCAAAAGUGGCAGCGACUGCCUCUACCCGAACCCUAGUUUGGAGGCGCGUCCGAUGAAAUGUGAGAAAGGGAGUAGGUGGAUUCAGGGGAAGAAGAAGUGGUGGGGAACGGGCAUGGGGAUGGAGACUUGUAGGAGUAGGAGGAGGACUGUGGGAGGGGAGGGGAGGGGUUGUUGGAAGAAGAAGAAGAAGAAGGCGGGGUCUGGAUAUCAAGUUUGA